GCCUAUAAACGGACGGUUCCCUUUUCCGGAAUCCUGCACGUAACUCCUCCAUCUCUCCCCAAGUUGACUUGACCAGUACAAUCGAAAGGUCACCGCAGGCGGCCAACCACUUCAAAGUCCGCGCUCGUCCUCACCCGGAGGCCGGCAAUUACGAGUUGACCAUUUCCUCUGUCACAAAUCAUGAAACGGAAAGUGGGGAAAGGCAUCGAUCGCCAUCUCCGAUAGGAAAACCAGAAGCAACGGGCGGAAAAUAAAGCGGUAUUCCCCUUCUUCACCGGGUAGCUGAGAACACAUUGGCUACACACCUCUCGCUCGCCGAUGAUCUUGUAUGGAUUAUCUAGGGAUCCAAUGGAAACACCCAAGUACGAUGAGCUGGUAAUCUGCACCAUCGUCGCGCUCCUGGGCGUUGUUGCCUUCUCGUGUUGCGUCGCGGCUGAAUUCGAGAGAGUGAAAGUGAAGGAUAUGAGACUGGAUGGAAGCCUCUGUUCGCUGCCAAGGAGCAGCGCGUUUGGGUUGGGGAUCGCAGCACUUGUGUGCCUCUCCAUCGCACAGGUCAUUGGGACUACCAUGGGAGGAAGCAGGAUCUGUUCGAUAAAGGCGGCGGCUAGCAGCAGUCGAAUUGCCUCCAUCGCCCUGCUAUGUCUUGCCUGGAUCAUCUACGCUCUGGCAUCGAUCAUACUGGCCAUCGCAUCGAGCAUGGACGGCGGACAGUCAUACGGAAAAGGCUGGAUGAACGGCGACUGCUACAUAGUUCAUGACGGCGUCUACGCAGGCGCCGCUGUUAUGGUCGUCUCCAUCGUACUUGUGAUACUUGCCUUCAACUUCAAGACAAGGAAGACGAUGCGCCAUCGAACGAGACUGGGUGAGGAAGGAACCAUUCCCAUCGGAAAUAGCCAACAAUCAUGUACCAUUGUUGGAAGAGUCAAAGCCGACGAAUGGUGGUGAUACUCGGGUUCCGAGGGCCACUUGCUGUAAAAGGGUUAUUCUUGAUGAUACUUUCCUAUUAUCAUUCCUACUGGAUAAGCAGGAAAAGAAGUACAUUAUUGACAUAUUCUUUUUA